AUGGGCGACAUAGCGCGGGGCAUCGCGCCCUCAGUCGCUGUGCAGGACCUACGCACCCAAGUCAAAGCGAUUCGUCGCAAGACCAACACGCUGAUUGAUUACUACAUCUACCCAGAGCCCACCCCGUCGGCGUUGGCUGCAUAUGACCCGCGUCUGGCAAAGCUUGACAACAGAUUGACGGUACUCGAAAAGAUCGACUAUACGGAACUCGGAUACCUCAUCGAAGAUUCCGAUGCCCUGGCAGCGCAGUAUCUGAUGGACAUGAUCGUCCAGCUCCUCAACGCUAUCCAUGGUGUCGACCAGCUCUUCGUCAAUCACUAUGAUCCACGCCUGGAGGAGCGCAAGCCAUUUGGCACGAUUUACGAUCUGCUUGAGUUCCGGGAGAAGCAGCUUGAAGAAACGAAGGUAGCGCAAUUGACCGACCGCUACAAACUCAAGCCGGAGGACAGGCGCGACAAUCAGGUUGGUCAGAUCUGUCGCGGCGCCAUUCAGAUGAUCAACGGCCGCGAUCGCGGCGAUGUUGCCCACGUCUCGGAGCGAGAACUUCUAACAGACAACAUCGCUCGUCUAGCAGAGUUUCAAGGCGUGUACUUGUGGUGGAAAUGCACGAGCUGCGACUUCCGGCUUCGCUAUCACGUCAACUCGUCCUUACACAGCAGCAUUCAUUCAACAGAGGAAAUCAGAUCGCAUCCAAAUGUUAAAGUGGAGUACAAGUCGGCCUUUCUGGUCAAGUCGCAUCUCUACGUGCCAAGGCGGCGAGACAGCUCCCGCGGCGGCAACCUUAGAGCGUCGCCGCCGCUGCCAACGUCAAAGUAUGCUUGCUUGUUCUGUUUAGCGCACGGAUCCAACAACAGUUUCUCGACUGGUCGCGCGUUGGCCACGCACAUUGCUGAUAAUCAUCGUGGAUCAAAGAAGCAGCCAGCUCCACUGAUCCUGUUGAAGUUCAAGGUCGCGAUCAAGGGACAGAAACCGGAGCACGUCCAUCGAUGGGACGUCAAUUUUACUUGA